AUGAAACAAAGAGGACGGGACUCAUGGCGACUACGAUCACCAUUGCUCACCGGUUUGGUUUUACUUUUAUUUUUCACAGCAACCUCGGCACAACUGAGAUACUCUAUAUCCGAAGAACUCAAAGAGGGGAGUUUUGUUGGGAAUAUAGCUAAAGAUUUGGGAAUAGACCUCAGUAUAAUGAAGCGCAGGGGAUUUCGUAUUAUGUCCGGCUCGGGUGAACCACUUUUUAAGGUAAAUGAGAAUGACGGAGUCCUUUAUGCGAACCAUAAAGUAGACCGUGAAGAAGUAUGUAAGGAGAGCACUGUUUGUUUAAUCAACCUCAAAACUGUUCUCGAAAACCCACUAGAAGUACAUUAUGUCACCGUGGAGAUAAUGGAUUUAAACGACCACUCUCCCACAUUUCCAGAAAAAACAAAAAGGCUCGAGAUCUCAGAGUCUGCAUUGCCCGGAGCAAAAUAUCAGUUACAAAAUGCCCAUGACCCGGAUGGUGGCACAAACUCUGUCCAGCAGUAUAAAAUCAGUCAGAAUGACCAUUUUCGUUUAGAGAUUAAAGAUCGAGGAAGAGAUGGUAAAACUCCGAUUUUACAAUUACAGAGGCAACUAGACAGAGAGGCAAAAAGUAACCAUAAAUUGCUGUUGACAGCUAUAGAUGGCGGAAACCCGCCAAAAACAGGCACAGUUGAAAUAUAUAUAGAUGUUCUGGAUGUUAAUGACAAUAUGCCAGUAUUCACCAAAGACACAUAUUCAGCAGUGCUACAAGAGAACGCCCCAAUUGGCACAACCGUCAUCCAAGUUAACGCAACCGAUUUGGACGAGGGGACCAACGGAGAAGUGGUUUAUUCAUUUGGCAGUGAUGUAAAAGGUAAAAUUCGAGAACUGUUUGAUAUUGACACCGUCACUGGGGAAAUCACUGUGAAAGGUCGUGUAGACUUUGAGGAACAAGACAGCUAUGACAUUGAUGUUCAGGCCUCUGAUAAAGGAAACAUUCCAUUCAGAACAGAUAAAAGUGUUAUCAUUAAAAUUGGAGAUACAAACGAUAAUGCUCCUGAGAUAGAGGUGGCAUCAUUGUCAAGUGCAGUUUCAGAGGACUCUAGACCAGGAACAACCGUAGCUCUCAUCAGCAUUACCGAUUCAGAUUCUGGCAUGAACGGAAAAAUAAUUAGCUAUGUCGCCGAAGAAAGUCCCUUUACAUUAACUCCAUCAAUACAGGAUAACAUGUUUGCUGUUGUGACUAAAUCACUGCUUGACAGGGAACAACAAUCAAGAUAUGAUAUUACAAUAAUCGCUAAAGACGCAGGUGAACCAGUCUUAACAUCCGAAAAGACUAUAAGCGUGUUUGUGUCAGAUACGAAUGAUAACAGUCCGGAGUUUUCAAUGAGCCCCUACAGUUUCUACAUCACCGAAAAUAACCCCCCAGGGGCCCCAGUUUUUUCUGUAAGAGCGUCUGAUCGAGACGAAGGAGAUAAUGCACGUAUUUCAUAUCAUAUUCUCAGGAAUGCAGAUCAUGAAAAUAAAGUGAUAUCAUUUCUUAAUAUAAACUCUGAUAAUGGAGAUGUUUUGGCGCUAAAAAGUUUUGACUUUGAAACACUGAAAACUUUCCACUUCCACGUUGUUGCGUCAGAUUCUGGAACUCCGUCACUAAGCAGCAACGUCACGGUGAACGUGUUCAUUCUGGAUCAGAACGACAACGCUCCAGUCAUCCUGUAUCCAGUCAGCUCUAACGGUUCUGCUGAGGGUGUGGACGAGAUUCCCCGCAACGUGAACGCAGGACACUUGGUGACUAAAGUCAGAGCCUAUGACGCUGAUAUAGGAUAUAACGGCUGGUUACUGUUUUCACUGCAGGAAGUUACUGACCACAGUCUCUUUAGUUUGGACCGCUAUACAGGACAGAUCAGAACACUUCGCUCAUUCACAGAGACAGACGAGGCUGAGCAUAAACUGGUCAUACUGGUCAAAGACAAUGGGAACGUUUCACUCUCAGCAACAGCUACUGUGAUUGUCAAACUUGUGGAGCCCAAAGAAGCUUUUGCAGCUUCUGAUGUGAAAAGUUCAGCAAAAGCAGAUGAGGAAAAUAAUGUGAUUUUUUACCUGAUGAUAACUUUGGGCUCAGUUUCAGCACUUUUUCUCAUCAGUAUCAUCGUGCUGAUUGCAAUGCAGUGCUCAAAAUCCACAGACUAUACUUCUAAAUAUCUACAAGAGACUAACUAUGAUGGAACACUUUGUCACAGCAUCCAGUACAGAUCUGGAGACAAACGGUACAUGUUAGUUGGACCCAGAAUGAGUAUAGGGUCUACUAUAGUCCCGGGCAGCCAUGCAAAUACACUAGUGCUUCCUGACAGGAGGAGAGCGUCUGAGGAGGUAAGAUCAAUACUUGACUUUCUCUUCCAUAAGUGCAAAUAA